AUGACUGCAGAUGUAGUCAGAGGUUCCUGGAUCGCUGGUGAACAUCUGGAGCAGAUUUCUAGCUACUCUGCCUCUACCACUGUCACAGAGCCUCACCCCAGGGAUCAGCAGAAUGGAGAAGAGAAGGUGGAGAAGACAGCCCUCCACUCAGAGGACAUCCGUCCUGAAAUGAAAGAAGACAUACAUGACCCCAGCUACCAGGAUGCGAAGGGCCCCCCGCCCAAGCUGGAGUACGUGUGGAGAAACAUCAUCCUCAUGUCCCUGCUGCACAUGGGAGCCCUGUAUGGGAUCACGCUGAUUCCCAGCUGCAAGUUCUACACCUGCCUCUUUGGAUUAGUGUACAAUGUAAUCAGUGCCCAGGGCAUCACAGCUAGGGCACAUCGCCUAUGGAGCCACCGAACUUACAAAGCUCGGCUGCCACUGAGGCCCUUCCUCAUCAUUGCCAACACCAUGGCAUUCCAGAAUGAUGUGUAUGAAUGGGCCCGAGAUCACCGCACCCAUCACAAGUUCACAGAAACCCACGCUGAUCCUCACAAUUCCCGUCGUGGCUUUUUCUUCUCUCACGUGGGUUGGCUGCUUGUACGCAAACAUCCAGCUGUCAAAGAGAAGGGCGGUAAACUGGACAUGUCUGACCUAGAAGCCGAGAAACUGGUGAUGUUCCAGAGGAGGUACUAUAAGCCAGCUGUCCUGAUGAUUUGUAUUAUCCUGCCCACACUGGUACCCUGGUAUUGUUGGGGUGAAACUUUUCAACACAGUUUACACAUUGCUACUUUCCUGCGAUAUGCCAUUAUGCUCAAUUUUACCUGGCUGGUGAACAGUGCUCCCCACCUCUAUGGAUAGUGCCCUUAUGACAAGAACAUUGGUCGCCGAGAGAACCCUCUUGUUUCAAUGGCAUCUUUUGGCGAGGGCUUCCACAACUACCACCACACCUUCCCUUUGACAGCCAGUGAGUACCGCUGGCACAUCAACUUCACCACGUUCUUCAUCGACUGCAUGGCCGCGCUCGGCCUGGCUUAUGACCAGAAGGAAGUAUCCAAGGCUGCUGUCUUAGCCAGGAUUAAAAGAACCGGGGAUGGAAGCCACAAGAGUGGCUGA